AUGACAUUAAAUGGAUUCAGCGACACCGAGCUCAUCCUGUCGUCAUCGGCAGGCAAGCACAUGCCGCCGCCGCCAGUGACGACGGAGAGCUACGUGUACUGCAGCCGCAGCAUCAGCGCCGACGGCGGCGCGAGCGACGGCUCCCUGCAGUCGCUGUCGAGGUACAACCAGACUGGGGACUUCGCGGCGGCCUACCUGCAGGACCCGGACGCGCUGCAGCCGUGCGGCCCCUCCGGUGUCCAGGCGGUCAUUCUGCCAUCGCCGUCGAGCUCCAGCACGCUGAGCUCAAUGGGUGGCCUAAGCCCUGCAUCCUGGCCCGCCCGCGUGCCGCCUCACCGGCCAUGCUCGCGCGCCUGCGCUUAG